AUGCAAGAAUUACAACAAAAAUCUAAUGAAUUGUUACAGGAGGAAAUUCGGAGAGCAAUCCGGGAAAAAUUGAGUCGUUUUACCUUUCCUUGUCCUCAUUGUCGGGAGGAUAUUAAUGAUGAACAUUUUGGCAAGGAACAGCGAGCUUUUGGCUAUAUUAAUGAAGUA